AGUACACACAGACACAUACUGCCAUCCCCAGCUCCGGGCAGGGCAAAGCAGGCGCCUGGAGACAUGCUAUACAGCGCAAAAUCAUUUUAUUUCUGUGCCAAGGAAAAACAACAUUAUUUAACAAAAUAGAACCCAUCUUCAGGAAAGGGCUAUAAAUGACCUGGUUUUGAGCAAGUCAUCCGGUUGGUCACAUCAGUCAUCCAGCAAAGCUUGUAAGGGAAUAUUGGCCAUAAGAAUAUGAAAAAUCAUAUCACUAGCCACAUGUUGGCAAGCUUCUAAGAGUUGUAAGACAAUACAUUUAUGAGAACAUCCUACGCUGGGGUGACUGAAGGGGACCCAGGACCCUCCAAAGAAGUAGAAAGUUUCUGCACACCUAGACGGACGUUUAAUCUAACCUCUUGAUUCGCCCAUCAGUUGUCUGCUGGUCUUUUUAUUUACGAGAUCACUGUCCAGGAAUCCCGUUUUCUCAUGAGGAGAGGGAGCCAGGGGAUGCUUUAGGAUGGCCACAGCCGUGCAAGCAAAUGAGCUGGUGUUUGAGUUUGCAAGCAAUGUCAUGGAGGACGAGCAUCAGUUGGGAGACCCAUCCAUCUUCCCGGCCGUCAUCGUGGAACAUAUUCCUAAUGUGGACCUGCUGCACAACUACUCUGGCUUAACGUGUGUCAAUGAGCCACACGACAUGAUUACUGAGAGCUCGUUGGAAGUGGCAGAGGAGCAGAUAAUUGAAGACGAUGACCUCACACUUACAGUUGAAGCAUCUUGUCAUAGUGGAGAUGACGACACCAUGCAAACCAUUGAAGCUGCUGAAGCCCUUCUCAACAUGGAUUCUCCUGAUCCUAUGCUUGAUGAAAAAAGAUUAGUAAGCAUGUUUGGUCCAUCUGAUGAUGAGCUGAUGUCUACUCCAAUAACACAUGUCUCAGUCACUGUUGACGGAAUACCAGAAGUUAUGGAGAUCCACCAGAACAUGUAUGCAUGCCAACCAGAUGAUAAUUUCCAAGACCAGCCUAAGAGGAAGAAAGGGAGGAAACCAAAAAAUCCAAGACCAGAAUCUCCCAACACCACUCCCAAUAUAUCUGUGAAGAAGAAAAACAAAGAUGGGAAAGGAAAUACAAUUUACUUGUGGGAGUUUUUACUGGCUUUGCUUCAAGACAAAGCAACCUGCCCUAAAUAUAUCAAAUGGACGCAAAGGGAAAAGGGCAUCUUCAAGCUGGUGGAUUCAAAGGCUGUUUCAAGACUUUGGGGGAAGCACAAAAACAAGCCUGACAUGAACUAUGAAACAAUGGGCAGGGCACUCAGGUACUAUUACCAGAGAGGAAUUCUAGCUAAAGUGGAAGGUCAACGCCUUGUCUAUCAAUUUAAGGAGAUGCCAAAGGAUCUUGUAUAUAUAGAUGAAGAGGACACCUGCUCCAGUGCUGAAUACUCUGGAAGUUUGUCUUCUGAUCUUUCCUUAAACUCUUCAUCUUCUACACCCAACCGGAACCAGACAUCAAGAUCCAAAGGGUCUUCAAACUCUGGGACACGCAGUAGCUCAGCUUCUGUUCUAAAAUCCGGAACCUUAAAAUCUCCCAAAACAGAACUGGAAGAUAGUGAAAUACAACAAGUGCCCUUGAUAUCUUCAGAGUUGCUGAGGACAAUUCAGUCUGCUCAGGCUUUAGAGCCUCAUCCAACUCAGCUUUAUCGGACAUUACAUUUAAUGCAGCCUGGACAAUCUGUUCAAGAACAAGCCUUAGCCCUUCAGAAUGACCCUCUGCCUCCAGUUCAGACCAUCAGGACUAUACAGUCUUCAGGACAAGUUCCAGUGGUGGUUUCACCAGGAAGCCAACAGCUGCAUACUGUAACACUCCAAACCAUGCCUCUUACCACAGUCAUAACAAGCACAGAUCCAGUAUCCGGAGCAGGACAGCAAAAAUUUAUUCUACAAGCCAUUCCUUCAAACCAGCCUAUGACAGUGCUUAAAGAAAACAUGUUGCUACAACAUCAGAAAGAUGGUUCCCCACCACCGUCCAUUGUCCUGAGUUCAGCUCAGGUUCAGCAAGUUCUUAACAGCAACGUUCAGACCAUUUGCAAUGGAACAGUCAGCGUGCCUUCUUCCCCAUCCUUUAGUGCAUCCACUCCAGUGAUGACAUUUUCAACCAGCACUUCACCUCUAGUUAACCACCCCACGGGCACUGUCAUCACUUCAGUAAUCAAGGCUCCAGAAACCAAGCAGACAUUUUUAUCCAAUAACCAAAGUUUACCAGAAAAUAUACCGGAGUGCACCGAACAGUCUGACCAGAGGCUUCAACAACAAUGUGUGUUUGUGGUGGCAAGCCCUAAUGGAUUCCCGUCACAGCUGGACAUCAAACAAGAAAAUAAUGACCAAUGGACAUUUGACUCAAAUUAAGAAACCAAAGCAUAUUUAAUUCUGUUAUUCCAAAUGUGAUACUUCUUCAAUUGAAAAAAGAAAAAAAAAAAUCUAAAAGACAUCUGCAUUAUCACUUUCCUAUUUACAUGGGCAGUAAAACGCAUAAUUAAUGUUUCAUCUGAUUUAUUUUCUUUUUAUGCUUAAUGUGUUUCCUAAAAUAUCAAUUAGGAAAGUAAAUUUUUAUGGUGUUGUUUCAGGCCCCAGUCUCGAAGGAGUAAAUAUUGUUGUGUUAUGAAGACAAUUUUUCUGUCUUAUGUCUGAUGCAAAUAUUUUUCUACAGUAAUGUUAAUCUUUUAAUGUGUUUGUAUACAUUCUUCGUUCUGUAAAUCUUUGUUUCUUUGUAAAUAAGUCACAAUAGAACCAGUUCCAGUACCGGUAUAUAGGUGCUUCCCUCCGUUACGGAUUAAUGACUACUUAAGAGCCAGCAAUUUUUUUUUUUUUUGUAUGUAUCACAGUGAAAAGGAAAUUAUGUGUAUGUAUAAAUCAUUUUACAACAUUACCGUUGUAUUGCACUGUUUAAAAAAAAAAGGCAUUUUUUUUUUAAUUUGACUGCUUUUUUGAUAUAAAAUAUCAGUAAUACUGCUCUUAUUUACCAAAAUCCUCAGCAAUAACUUUUUGUGCCUUAGUUUAAUACAAACGUAAAUAUGCAUUAAAACCUUUCAGGUGUUUUGAAAGCGGUUUGCUCACAACUAUGUGCAUUUUUACUUGUAAAUAAUGUAUAUUAAGUAUACUAUGGAAGAUUGAAAAGAAAAACAUUGCAAAGUAAUGUGUUUAAUACAGUUAAUUUCUAUUUCUUGAAAUAGAUUCAAAGGAAAGAAAAUCAAAGUUUUAUAGACCCAAAGAUCAAUAUAUGUUUAGAGUUCAAAUAUAUGUAUUGAAAGAGAUUGAAUUUGUAUUUAAAGAAAAAAAAAAUAUGCAACUUGUUUUUCUAUUUUUAAUUGGUUUAUUAAAAAAAAUAAAUCAUGUUGGCAAUACAACAAACGUUAUGAAGUGUUUAUUUUUUAAGAAAUAAUUGUAAUAUUAAUAUUUACUUACAUAACUACAUUUUAAUAUAGAUGUGAUUAUUUAAUGGGACAUAAAACUGCUGAGUACAACUACAUUAUUAUGGUUAUUACUCACCAUGCUAUUAUUUUUCCUCUUGUGCCUGCAUCUGUCUCCAAAGCCAUUUUCUUCACACUGGGCGCCACCAUCUUGGAGCUUAUAUUUGUUAUGUAACCUUUAAACUGUGCAAAAAAAAAGAUAUUGCUCUCUAUUAUGUGAGCUAAACUGAAGUGCCAAGUACAGCUGUCAAAAAGCAGAUCUGGGAAAGUGCACUGCUUCUGUUACAGGAUGCAACAAUACACGCGCUCAAGAUAGCGGCGCCCAGUAUAAAAUGCAGAGCUUUAGCAGCUGGGUUCUGUAAUGAGUUAAAAUAAGAGAGAGACUUUAAAGAGAGCUGCAUGCACAGGAGGAAAUACAAUAAUAUGGUAAGUAGUAACCAUCCUACUGUAGUUGUACUCAGCAGUUUAAUGUCCCUUUAAGGAAAUGAGAAUCCUAGACAUAUGUAAAAUGUUUGCCUUAUACCAAGGCUUGACAAAUCCCAAAAUGAUAAACAAUGCUUAAAGUUUUUGGAUUAUUUGUCUGUUCAUUUAAUCUUUUUAACAAAUUGUGCAUCUCCUCUGUAGUCUCUGACUCCUAAGUGUCAUAUUAAAGGGACAUAAAAGUUCAGAAAGAAAAUGCUCUGAUGUAUCAAAGCAUUUUAUUAUUGCACUAUUGCUUGAUUGUAUGUGUAUUACCCCUGCAGAAAUGCAAACAAAAGCAGCCAGUAAAACACAUCAUGGUCUGGUGCUAGGCUAAGUGCAGACCUGUUUUGUAUUAAACACAGUGCAGUUAACAGGUUAUCUGUAGUAGACCUAGAAAUAGUUUUGCUCAUGAUUAAACGUUGCCUUUUUAAUUUGAUAAAUGUUCCUCGAAUAAAAUGUUUUUACUUUUUA